UCUGUGCUGCCCCUUCAGGACUUUUAAGAUGGAACCGUGUAAUGCACUUCUCCUUUCUGCAGAGCCGCAGCACUUUCACGCACAUCUCUGCAGAGACUCAGAGAGCAAAGUGUCCUGCGGUUCAUCACUGUCUCAGUCGGAGCUGCUGCCUCCUUUGGGUCGAGAUGCUCCUGCUGCUCGGUCUGCUUUGCUCGAUCUGGGCAGAACCUGCUCAGGGUCUGGAGGAGGACGGAGGUUUUAGGUUUGAAGGGGACCUCCGCCUGCUGACAGUGAGCAACGACUCUGUUUACAUCGCUACAGAGGAGAAGCUUUACCAGCUGAGCCAUGACCUGGUUCUGAUCCACAGCCUGACCCAAAGAGGGAUCUUAAAGAACCCGAAUGACGAGAACAGUCAGGAGUUUUACCGAGUCUCUAUGAAUGGUGCCUGGAACAAAACUUUCACUGUUAAUGUUUUAUUACCAUUUGUGAACAACGACACAUUGAUCAGCUGUGGUGCAACUGAGCAAAAUUGUGGUUUCUGUGAGGUUCUGGACCUGAAGAACAUCUCCAAAGUUCUCCACAAAGAACUCAUCCAGGUGGGUCCUCUGAGGAGCAUCAGUGGCUCUGUCAGCUUUCUGGUGGAUGUAAAGGAUUCAGUGCAGACUGAGACUUACAUCCUGACCGCCAUAGAGAAUCACACAAAGACAGAGAAGAAGACAGACAGCUGUCCCAGUGAUUUAGGGAUGAUCAACCUUCACAACACAAACUACAAGCAGGAUGGGGACAUAUUUUCAUUUAGUGGACCAAAUAUUCCCCCCAGGAUCACGGCUAAAGCUGAUGUAGAGUUUGUGGAUGGUUUUCAAAUCAACUCAACGGUGUAUCUGUUCUCCAACGUGGCAUCAGGAAAUAAACCCAAUAAAGUUUGUCUGGUCUGGCUUCAGGCUGAAACCAGUAAAUCUGAGACUCUGAAGUCUCUGCAUGGAGCGACUCUCAGGACCUCUGAUGGAGGUGAAGACAGCAAACUCCUGGCCUCCUCAGUCAUCCCAGGUGGACAGCAGGUCCUUUGGAGCGGAGUGUUCAGUUUGGACGGAGGACCGACCAACACCGAGCUGCUGUUGUUUGACAUCAGUCCUGAUGGGUAUAAUCAGACAUACACAGAUCCAGACUGCUUUAACAAACCAAAGACGUCAAACAAGCAGUCAGAACCACAUACCCUGAAACCAAAGGUUGUUCUUCUCAAACACAAUCACAUGAGAUCUGUGUUGGCAGUACGACACGAUGGCUGGAUAGUCUUCUUCAUUGGAACAACAGAUGGACUGCUUCUCAAGCUUGCUGUGGACAUCAACCAUAAACCCACCUGUCCAAAGGUUCUCUAUAGGGCCGGUGGCAAGCACAAGUUUCCCAAAAUCCAUUUGGAUCAAGUAGAUCCGAAGCAUGUUUAUUUGCAGUUUGAAAACAAGAUUGAACGUGUUCCAGUGUCAAAAUGUGGCGUCCACCAAAAUGUGAAGGAUUGUUUGUCUGCACAGGAUCCCCACUGUGUGUGGUGUGUCUCUGCUGACAGCUGCACAUUUAAAGACCACUGCACAGAUUCAGAGUGGUUGUCCAUCCCUAAUGAAUUGCAGACAAAAAUGGUUUCCCAUCAAGUUAUGAAGGACUCCCAUGGAAAGAUCAAAUUAAUGAUCCAGACACAUCUGACUGUGGAGCAGAAGCUUCAUUUUAACUUCACC